CGCCCGCCCGGCCCGGGGGCGCGGGAGGGGACGGGGUGCCCCGGGCGCCGGGACCGCUCCGGUUCCUCAUUUCCCGGCGGGGCCGAGCSUCCCGCGGGCUGCGCGCCGGGCACCGGGGCCAUGGACCACGACCGCAACAAGGCGCUGCUGCUGGAGCUGCAGAGGGCGGCCGGGACCGGUAACGAUCGCUGCGCCGACUGCGGGGAGCCAGAUCCAGAGUGGGCUUCUUACAAACUUGGAAUAUUCAUUUGUUUGAAUUGCUCUGGAAUUCAUCGCAAUCUUCCUGGAAUCAGCAAAGUCAAAUCCCUUCGGCUUGACUUCUGGGAGAGCAGUUUAAUAGAGUUUAUGAAGAAUCACGGGAAUCUCUGGGCCAAAGCUAAAUAUGAGGCAAAGGUCCCUCCCUACUAUUACAUCCCCCGGGCCUGUGACUGCUUGGUUUUAAAGCAGCAAUGGAUUAGAGCUAAAUAUGAGCGUGAGGAAUUUCUUGCCACCCGAGACUGCCAAGAUCCUUGUUCUGCAGGCAGCCGUGAAGGAUGCCUCUGGAAGCUUGGCAAGGGACGCAGACAGUUCCAGAAGAGGCAAUUUCUCCUGUCAGCGAAGGAAGGGGUGAUGAAAUACUACAGCAAAUCCAAAUGUCAAAAAACUGUUAUCAGCGUUGAGACUCUGAAUGCAAUGUUCCAGGUAGAGAAAAUAGGACACAUUCAUGGGCUGCAGAUCACAUACAUCACAGAUGGUCAAACAAGGAACCUUUUUGUCUAUCAUGAAAGUGGAAAGGAGAUUGUUGAUUGGUUCAAUGCCAUCCGAGCAGCACGUUACCAUUAUCUCAGAACAACCUUCCCAAGUGUCCCUGAACCUGAGCUCAUACCCAAGAUCACAAGAAACUUUGUCAAAGAAGGAUAUAUGGAGAAAACAGGACCAAAACACAAAGAGGCCUUUAAGGUACGCUGGUUCUGCUUGGAUUCUCAAGAAAGGAACCUGAUGUAYUUUAAAAAUCCACUGGUAAGAGGAGUGUUCUCUGCUGUUCCAGAGCCCCUUCAUGAAGCAGAUGGGGAGGAAGGGUCUGUCCUCAUCCAGCUUUUGCAGUGGCUGUGCCAGACAGGAGGAGGCCCAGCCUCAAGAGCCCAUCUCCCUUGCCAAUGGAGGUCUCUGAAGUUGAGCUGGUUGGGAACUCUGGCCUGCACAGUAGCUGUGAGGAAGAUCCAAGUGUUUUAAAAGUAAUUGCCUGUAGUGUUCAUGCCCACGWUCCUCCAGCCCUAGCGCCACUGUGUCUGUAAGCUUAGCCAAGAUGAGCAAUAUUCCAGUAACAGGGGCUUGACAGCCCAGUAUCCUGCUUCCUAGCCCUGCUUUAGCCAUGGGAAUGUCCCUCCCUGCCCCUUCUGAGCACCCACCAGCCAGCUCUGUAAGGAUGGGCCCUGCCUCCUCCUUCACAAAAUGCCUCUGAGUGCAAAAUACCCCUUUGUGUGUAAGGAUGGGCCCUGCCUCCUCCUUCACAAAAUGCCUCUGAGUGCAAAAUACCCCUUUGUGUGUUCGCUGCUGGUGUCACCAGUCCAUGCCAUCAGUUGCCCUCUGUGCAUGCCCAGCUCCUGUCCCAUGACAAAGGACAGAGCAGUGU